AUGACUGAUACAGAUGAAUCCCAUGCUUCUGACUCUGAUUACCCUGAUGCCCAAGAGCUAAUAUGCAGUCAAGAACUGUAUAAGGUGCAUGAAUGUGAAACAAAUAACCGAACGGAGCAGAAGAAUGCUGCUCCUGAAGAGUCUUCAGAUGAGCUUAAUGGUGUAUGUAAGUCAUCAGGUGCUUCAGCUGAGGUUGUACUGGACAGCAGUGAUUCAGAAAUUGGCAGUGAACACUAUCCCAAGUGCUCCAGUGCACCUUCAAAGCAGAAAAAACGAUCUCGACCUUCAAGGCAACAAGCAGAAUCUGUUGCAGAAGUGCCUGACAAUGAAAGUUCAGACUCUUCUCUGUCUCCUCCAAGUCCAGUGAAAUCACCAGAAACUUCCAAAAAACAGAAGUCAAAACUCAAUCUGAAAGCCAUUUUCGCCUACCACUUCAGAGGAAGGAAGUUUAAGGCUGCUGCACACCGAAAAUACAGAGGUGGCUCAGGGAGGAAGAAGAAGAAGAAGUAUCAGAGCACACAGAUGCCCACGGGGAGGCCACCGCUGACAGCCUCACCACAAGAGCGAAAGAGAAGGCUUCUAGAUAGAGGUUUUCAAUUCCCUUUUGUUGAAAAACAUUAUGGGAAGAAAGACAUUCCCUUAAAGAUGGUUCUUGGCUAUGAGCAAGCAGCUGCAAAGGGAUAUUUCCAGUAUAUUGAAGUGCUUAAAUAUGAAGAACAUCUCAAAAAGGCUUUAAAAGCUCUUCAAGCUAGUGAAGACUUAGAAAGAGAAUGUCUGGCAGUACGGAAACACAAAUAUUUAGAUGAUGAAGGCCCCAUUUCCCCUAUCCAGGAGACAAAUGAUGAUGACAGCUUGAAUUCUGAAAAUCAAGAAGAGCUUGAUGCCAGGAUAGUGGAGAACAGCUCUUUCAUUAUAAGCAGCAAAAUUCCCAGUAAGAAAAAGUCAAAGCUAGAAACGAAACAUGCAAAAUCGACUGAAGUGAUUGAAGUAGAGGAGGAAGACUAUGCUGCUGAGAACUCUGGGCUUCUGCAAGGUUCACCUUAG